AUGAGUGUGAAUCAGGCUAUUGAGACUUUGAAAUCCCAGCCCUCCUUAGAGGUUAUAUCCCAAUGUUUAAUCACUUUAAAAGAAGAGACCCGCUCUAAUAUCGAGGCAGCCGCAGUAAUAGUGAAAUAUGUUGUUUUAGUGUAUCCUUCACUAUCCGAUCAAGUUAGGAAGCUUUUGGUCUCCAAUUUAAGCAACUCCUUUCUACUUCUUACGCACGUAAUGAAUUUUAUUUCACUGCUUCAAAACUCGACCGAGGCUAAGAUCUGUAAGAGGUUUCUGAUCGAUACGCUUCGUAGCAACGUUACCUGCCUGAAUAGCUACAUGCGUUUAUAUACGAGCAGCACCGAAAAGCAGAUGUUAAAGGCGACAUUCUUUGGUAGCAAAUUGUUGAACGCUUUGAAUGGUGAAAUUGAUAUCGAAGAUUACCUCGAAAUAAUGAAAAACCAGCUAGUAUACAUUCUCGCUCGCCAUGAAGUCGUUGAAGAGAAGGCCUGCACUGACUUUUUUAUUUCGUUUCUGAGUCUGCAUCCAGCUUGCGCAUCGAAUGUGUUUUUUGGUGGCCUCGUUUUCUCAAACGAAGACAUGUUUAGGAAAUAUGUCCAGCUACUUCGAAAUUCAUCAGCUUUUACCCAAAAAAGACUGGUCAAGUCUAUGGUUCAGUUUCUGAACUCGAAUACCACUUAUUCUUCCAGCGAUUCCAUCUACAAUGUCCUCCUCCAUACUGGAACAAGCAUGAUCGGCUUUGAAACAUUGAUGAGACUCAGAAGUAAUUUUCUUCAAGCCAUAGUGGUUCAUCUCUUGACCGAUACUGAACUGCUUAAUUUAUAUCGGUAUUUGAUGAGUUUUUUUCCAAGGCCUGAUCACCCAGAGGACGAAACUGUCUGUUAUCUACUUUCUAUCCUCCUUGAAAAGCUUACAAGUGCCGAAAGGGAGCAAAAAGGCCAUGAUCCAAUCUUUUUAGAUGCGGUUACAUCACGCUUGAGCUCACAAAAUUCUGAAGCAAGAGAAAGAACAAUGUUCAUAGCUAAGAAAAUCGCUGGAAGCGAGCUUAAGUAUGAAAGCAGCUUCACAAUCGAAAUACCAGUCAUAUUAAAACCAAAGACAGAGAACAUCGAUUAUCGGGUUUUUUGGGCGUCUAGUGGCAUUGACGUCGAAGGAAACCUAGAGAGAAAAAGCUUUAGCUCACCAUCGAAUAAAAUAAACAAUGAGCUCGCCUCGCUGAAACUUUCUGAUGAGGAGACCAAUGAGGAGGGUCCGCAGAUUGUUUUCUUGAAAGAUUUGGUUCGUGAGUUUGAACUCGACAAUAAGAGUCACAGAAGUCAAGUCUUUCUUCUUAAAGCUACUGUAAAGCUUGUUCGUCAGAAGAUAGACUUCCAGCUCGAGAUACAAUCCUACAGCUCAAUCUUACUGUCCAUCAUUGGCUCGUUGAGUAAUACUCUAGAAGAGCCUGCUUUUGAAGAAUGGAAAAUAAACGCGUUAGUUAGUCUGUUGUUUGUCGCUCCUGAGAAGGUGGUGGAUUUAGUGCGAAUUUUAUUCGGAAAUGAGCUAUCACUUCAGCAGCGAAUGAGCUUGCUCUCUGCAUUGGGGCUUGCGGCACGAGAACUUCGGGGAAUUGACGACAACAUGAUCUUAAAACCGCAAACAGACUUUCCGACGAAGCGUUUACCGUGGGACGAGGGCGACAAGGAAAGCAAGCCAGCUUUGGCUCAGUCUUCGCGCAUCGACGCUUCCCCCCUCCGAGGUGAACAAGUUGUGUGGAAAUCGCGUAAAUUGAAAAUGAAUGCAUCAGAGACAGUUGCACCCGAAAACAGAUUUAGAAAGUUUGCUCCCAAAUUCUUUUAUCCACUUGCACAUGGCUGGCUGAAUGGAAUAGACAUGGGUACCUAUGAUCAUAUGUUCAAAAAACACUACUUAUCGACCAUGCAAAUUAUCCUUUCUGCAUCCUUCCCUCAUUACGAGUUUAGGGCCAUGUAUCAGCAAAUGUGCACCAUUCUAGAGAAUGCGUUGGAACAAGGCAUCGAGGUUGAUGCGACUAGAGUCUCUAAUCUUUCAAAGCUUGCUCUGCAAGAGUUGGAAUAG